CGUUUCCAGGUGGAAACACCAUUGGAACCGUUCCUCUCCAUGCUCAGAACCGUUCAGCCCUUUGGUGGAAAAGGGGCUAAAGACCGACAGGAGUUCCCCAGCAUACCGCAGUGAACUCAACAUAACAAAGAAAUUGCACACUUUCUAUAGGGAAUCUUAUCUUUUAGGUUCUGCGCUUGGUUGCAUGCCACACGUAUAGUUCUCUUGCAGAAAAACAUUUCCCAGAAAUUACGUCUCUUCCAUAAUUAACACAAAGUCACUUUCUUUUCUUGCAACCUUGACAUUUCGGUUUGCUAGCAAAGCUAAGAUAGGACACCGCGCCCAAUUAUUUUGCAACAUGAGAAGAGAGAGAAAAGUGGGAAAGGGGGGCCAUCUUCUGUUCAUGGAACCUUCCUGAAUUGUAACAGAAUUGCAUAGAGUAUCUCAAAGCACAUGUCAUUAUCUCAUGCUUGAGAUUUCAUCAUUUUAAUAAAGAGCAUGUUCUCUUCUCACGCAAAGGUAAGAAUAUGUGAGUUAGUCAUUACACAAGAAAACUGUUAAAAGAAUACAUUUCUAAUAAUUUAUGUGUUAGAGUAUAUAAUAUAAAACAAUGAUUAAACAGCAUAUUCUUCCACAAUUUCAACUCAUAGUUUGGUUGCAGGAGUACUGAAAGUCUGAGUUGAACAAUCGCAGGAUGCCAAUGUCGUGGCCACUAGGGGGAUUACACCAACAUGUUAUUAUUAUUUUUAGACAGAAUUUGGAUAUGUUUUUGGACCCCUAAAUAUUUUAGACCUUUGUGGUGGUGGAAAGAUAGUAAUUCCCAAUUGAAAAUUAUGCAAAGGUGAGUUUCUUGAGUCAAAACAAUUGGUAGUGAAAUACAUGAUUAUAUUGUGAUUAACAGCAAUUUAGGCAUUUUGGAUAGAUUUGAAGACAUUAAGGGACACCAGGGUACACUGCUUACCUUUUGCUUCAUAGAUCUUUAGUAGUUGCCCAUAUCACCCCCAGAGUUUGCACACUUGUGGGCAAGAAGUGUAUAAUCCAGGGCAUGUAUAGUGGUACCUUGUUUAUAUAUGGGAUCUCUCAGUAUUUCAUGACAAACUAAAAAAGAUCAACUUAAUUUUUGCAUUUUCGCCAAGAUAAUUGCAUUUUUGGCACUUUAUUUCUACCUAAAUUAUGAAGAUGAACUAAUUUAAAUUACUAUUGGAAAUGGUAAAUGCAAAUGGCUUGCUUCAAAUGGAGUUAGAAAAUGGAUGGAUGAUGGAUGUUGUCACAAGACAACAGCUGAAUCCAAGGAAACACAAGUUUUCAUCUGGGAAACAUGUAAUGAAUGAUCCUGCCCUCUAUACUGAUGCUCCCUCACAAAGUUAUAAAUGCAAUAUUCAGUAUAUUUUUAAUAAGUAUUUAUAAAGUCCAGAAAACUGUACUUAAAAGCAGAAUAAAAUGUGGAGCUGCAAAACUAUUCCCAGAUUUUUUCUUAUUUGGAUAGAACAGCAUAAAUUUACUCCAUAUAAUUUCUGUUAUCUCAAGUUAAAUGUGGUGCUUUCAAAUGUUCAGUGGCAGUGAUGAUGCGUCAUGAUUCUGAAAAAUCAUGAGGCUUACUUGCAUUAACAGUUAUUUGGUCCUUAUGUUGAAAGACAACGACAACAGCAACUCCAAAUACAGAUCCCUCUCCUGGAAUUAGCUUUUUUGUUAGCUUUAUUGUGCAUGAUGCAAUUUUGUGAAGAGACACAGCUGGCCAAGAAACAGCUAACUGUCCAGUUACUUUUGUGAUCCUAUUUUGGGGGACCUUGUAUAUAAAGAACUGUAAUUUCUACACAGAGGUUUUGAUGUUAAAAAUUUAAUUAUGGACCAAAAUCAUAUGUAAUGUGUACCAGGUUUCUCUUCUGAAAUGCUGACAGACUUUUUAUAUCUCUCAAAUGACUUGCUUAUUGCUUCAAGUUUAGUUUUAUUUAAGGAUGACUUUUGCUUUGUUCCAGGGCCUUAAUUCUCUGGAUGAGGAUGACCCCAAUGUCCUGCUGGCUAUUCAGCUGUCUCUGCAGGAAUCUGGGCUGGUUAUGGAUGCUGAGACUCAGGAGAUCCUCAACAAUGAAGCCUCCAUGGGAGCGAUUGGCACCUCUCUGCCAUCCAGACUGGACCCUGUGCUGCCCAGUGUGGAGCUGCCUCGUGGUGCCUUGAGCAGCUCUGAGCUCCUGGAGCUGGGAGACAGCUUGAUGAGACUGGGAAACAUUACCAGUCAAUACACCCCUGAGCCCUUUGAUAACCUGCAUCCCUUCGACCCUCUCCUGGACAUGCAGAGGGACCCUGCAAUGCAGGACAAUGUAGAUGGGGGAGAUCUGUCAUCCCAAACUGGGGACGAUGCAGUGGGCCUCACCCAGCUGGAGUUGGAGGGCAUGGCCACUGUGGGUGUCUUGAACACAGAGCCUGACAACAGACAAGUUGACUGUAAUGCUGAUCCCAGUCAUCCUGAUGUCCCUGAAUGUGAGUCUCUUCCUGACCUUCAACCACACAGCCCUGAGUGGGAGGAGCAAGUCCACCUGGUUUGAGAGCCUCCUGUAAUAUCUAUACCCACUAUCACACAGGAAAAUUAUCAACUGUGGCAGCAACUGAACAAAAAAAAUGUUUUGGGUAGCACAUUGGGAGAGAAACUGUUUUGAUUUAAAAUCUAAAGCAAAUUGUAGACUGCUGAAAUCAGAAAAAAAAUGUAUACAUGUACUAGAUGUGGAUAAAAUAAUUGUUUGUAAAAAAAAAAAAAAAGUUGGCAAGAACACAAAGAGAGAAUUGAGAUGCAAACUUCAUGUAAAUGAGAAAGCAAAUGAUUUUUGUAUGUUGUUUCUCAUAUAUGGAGUAGUAUAUAUGUGGGAUCCUUGGGAUCAGAGUGGUUUUUUUCACUAGAAUGGGACACUAGUUGCAGGGUGCAAGUGACUACUGGACAGGAGUCUUUAACUUUUGCUCAGAGAUUGGUGACUGUGAAUUUGACCAGGAAACCUGAUCUCAUUCCCAUCAACCUUUUUCUGCCUGCCUAUUUCUGUCAGAAAAGGUGCCAAGCUGCAAUUUGGCUAAGCAUAAUGCACUCCAGAAGGAACCAAGGUUAUAACAUGCAUAUUGUGCCUACAUUGCUAAGAACCAAUCAGAAAUGAUCCAUUAGUAUUUAUGUAAUUAACACAAAAUAGACUUUUAACAGUUAAAGGAAGAAAUGAAAAACAGUGAAGUCUGCAUUUGAAAAAUCACAGUCCGGACUUGAGAAGAGAAAUUUGGAAAUUCAAUCAGCUAAUUUUUUUUACAUAACUUAAUCAUAAUGGAAUAGACAAUGAUGGCUACAUUUGGAAACUCACUUAUUAAUGCUGCAGCUGAUCCCUAAUGGUUUUCUACUGAAUGUGCCUUUAUUUGGAUUUAUGUGUUUUUUAGUUAUUGUCACAUUUCAGAAGUACCUCAGCAUUGAAGUAUAAACACACUUCACACUUCUCACAGUAAGUUCAUAUAAAUCAAAUGAAGUGUAUUGAAAUGACAUUUAAAAUUAACAUACAAUACAUUUAACAUAUUUUUGUCUUUAAACCUCAUUAACUGUUUAGAUUAUUUAAAGACAUUUUGAUGCACCAGACAUAGCAUGUACUGUGCAGUCUCUAAGUAUUUGGCCAGUAUUUUUGUUGUUUUGGCUCAUUGAAUGAUGACUACAAA